GGGGCUCGGGCGGUAGGGGCGGGCAGAGGCCUCGCCGGGAGCGCGGGGAGGAGCGAAGGGGCCUUGAGGGCUCCGCGAAACUGUGGGGCCGGCGGCCCGCGGCAGAAACGAUCGUGGCGCGCUGGCCAGAGACGGAACGGUGUUCCCAGAACUGCCGGGGGAGACGGCUUAAAGGGCGGACAGACAGACGGCAGGGAGGGCCAGCAUGCCCCUACUGUUGCACCCCGCCUGGCCGCUGCUCCUCGGCGCCACGCUGACCUUCCGGGCACUCCGGCGCGUGCUCUGUCGCCUGCCCCUGCCUGCACACGUGCAAACCGACCCCCUGCGCACCUGGCGUUGGCACAACCUACUCGUCUCUUUCACCCACUCCAUUGUAUCGGGAAUCUGGGCACUGCUGUGCAUAUGGCAAACCCCUGAAAUGCUGGUGGAGAUUGAGACGGCGUGGUCAGUUUCUGGCUAUUUGCUUGUUUGCUUCUCUGCAGGAUACUUUAUCCAUGACACAGUGGACAUCGUGGUUAGCAGGCAAACUCGAGCUUCUUGGGAGUACCUUGUUCAUCAUGUCAUGGCUAUGGGUGCCUUCUUCUCUGGUAUCUUUUGGAAAAGAUUUGUUGGUGGUGGAGUCUUAACACUACUGGUGGAGGUCAGCAACAUCUUCCUCACCUUCAGGAUGAUGAUGAAGAUAAACAACGCCCAGCACCACGUCCUCUACAAGGUCAACAAGUAUGUCAACUUGGUCAUGUACUUCCUCUUCCGACUGGCCCCUCAGGCCUACCUCACCAAGUUCUUUCUCCAGUAUGCUGGCCAGAGGACACUGGGGACAUUCCUGUUGGCCAUCCUGCUCAUGCUGGACAUGAUGAUCCUCAUCUACUUCUCUCGCCUCCUCCGCUCUGACUUCUGCCCUCAACGUGCUCCCAGCCACAAACACAAAGACAAAUUCUUGACUGAGUGAGAAAGGAGGACCCAGGAUGUGUGACUGGGACAGCAAGCACAGCCAGCAGCUUUGUAACAAACUAGGACUCUGCCCCAAGCCUGGGUGUAUUGGGGCCAGCCUUUCCACCUUAGCUUACACCCACACUAUUGAAAACACUAAUGAAAGCUCUCUGAAGUCCUCUGUUCUUGGGCAAGGGUUGAGGGAAGCAGACCAACCGGUUGGGCAAGGUAAAUGGGUGAGGACAAGAUACUGUCUGUCCAAAAGCCAGCAAACACAUCCUGCCCUGAAAUGGAUGCUGACAACUCUAAAAUAACCCCUCUGCUCUUCCAAACUCUUCUUUCACAACCACCUCUUCCGGGGAAGAACCUCUUGUAAAGCUUGUCCUCUAUGAUGGAGAAAUGUCCCAGGACAACUAACACCUCAUAAAUGUCCCCAGUACU